CAUACACAUUUCUCACUCUAAACAUGGGAAAGAUAAAUUACUUUGCCUGCAUUAUUAUUCAAUCUUGGUAUCUUAUGGUCAUAAUAACAGUUGCUGAGUUUGAAAGUGUUGACUCUUCUGUUCAACCACUACCACUCCUAGGAGGAAAGAAAUUGAUCAUUGGGAUACCCUUUAAAACUGGUUUCACUGAAUUCGUGGAAGCCAAGCUGGAUCCUACAACACUCCAAUUGGUCCACGUCAGUGGCUACUCCAUUGAUAUCUUUUCUGCCACGGUUGACUAUAUCAAACGCUACUCCCAUUUCAAUGUCUCUUACGAUUUUCGACCAUUCAUCAAAAAUGAAACAGGACAAAGUGCUGGCUCUUAUGACAAGCUUGUUCAACAGGUUUUUAAACACCAGUAUGAUGCGGUGGUGGGAGACGUAUCAAUUGUAGCUGAGAGAACAAGGUAUGUGGAUUUCACGUUACCAUAUGCAGAGUCAGGUGUGAGGAUGCUGGUGCGAGUUGGAUAUGGCGGCCGCGGUCUAAACAUGUGGAUAUUUCUGCGGCCAUUUAGUUGGGAUCUAUGGUUGUCCAUCAUUCUAGUAUGUGCUUUUAUAGGAGCUGCAAUACGAUUCAUGGAACGUCGUAACAUUCAUAAUAAUAAUAAUAGUCAUGAAGAAGAAUCUGCACAUGGUUCUCCACCUCCCCAACAACUCAAAGGGAUAUCAAUAUUAUGGCUUCCAAUUGAUCAACUCUUCCUUCCUCAGAGAGAAUCAGUAGGCAAGAAUUGCUCCAAGUUUGUAUUGGUGGUAUGGUUGAUAUUGGGAUUUGUGUUGAUGCAAAGCUACACGGCAAACUUGUCAUCCAUGUUGACCGUGGACCAAUUGCAGCAAAGCUAUCCAAGUGUUGAUGAUUUGAGAACAGGUGGUAGCAACAUAGGGUACCCAACGGAUUCCUAUCUAUCUGAGGUUCUGGUUGACAAAUUCAAGUUCGAUAGAUCAAGGCUAAAGAAUCUGACAAAAAUGGAAGAUUAUCAGAAAGCUUUAGACAAAGGAACUCCAAAAGGCGGCGUUGAUGUUAUAUUUGAGGAGAUACCAUACAUCAAGAUGUUCCUCAAAAAAUAUGGUUCCAAGUAUAACAUGGUUGGGCCUCACUAUCGUACUGAUGGGCUUGGCUUUGCGUUUCCAAUUAACUCCAACUUAACAUCUUACUUUUCAAGAGCUAUAUUGAACGUUACCCAGAAUGACAGUUUUAUGCAACCGAUUGAGAUGAAGUAUUUUGGAAGCAGUAACUAUGAUUUCGAAGAUGAUUCUUACCAGUUAUCAACGUCAACAUCAUCAGAUAGUACUCCUAGCCUUAACUCACAGAGUUUUGCGGGCUUGUUCAUCAUCACAGGAAUUGCCACAUUUUUAGCUUUGGUGGUUUCUGAAAGCAACAUCUGGAGAAAACCCGUAACACUAGCCAAAGUCUACAGUCAAAAGUUUCUUCUAAUGUCUCCUAGUUGGGCAAAAUCUAAACAAUCUAUGGAUGUUUCUACAAAGCAAGGGAAUAAAAUAUGUUCUAUCAGUGAACCAAAUAGCAUUCCUGAAAGUCCAUCAAGGUUUCCAAAGUCUAAUCUUGCUCUAGACACAGUUGUAUAGAUGGUAUAUUAAGUAUUAACUUAAUCAUAGGCGAAGUUCUUUUUAUGUCACUCUUUAUUUGACAACCAGCUCUGUGAAUGGUGAAAGAACAGAAAAGUAUUAGAUUAUUGAGGAGUUUAUCAUGUGUAUUAUAUAUUUCAAGUAGUGGUUAUAUCAUAUA